AGAGGUCUAUAUCGCUCCAGACUGUGUGACAGAAUCUAUGAGAUCUGGAAUAGGAAUGACUCAAAACAACUGUCUCUGUGAGGAAGUAUUUGUCUUGAGCCCAUUGCUUCCCUGUUUCACUGCCUUACCUGGCAUAGUCCCAUUGCAGCUCCAGCACCCUUGUGAAUCAUUAACAGGGCAAGUUCAGCUGCUCCUUUCACAGCUUGUCCUUUCACACAGUUUUCUUUCCCAGCCCUCAAAUGUUUAAUUCAAACAAGGUGUAGAGAGAGAAGAGUCAAAAAGCUUUUAUGUGAAUCUGCAUCUGAUGACAACAUGAUAAGUAGCGAGAGCAAUAGCAGGAAAGUAUGCCCUAUCUCUGCACUCAUGGUGGGCAAGCUGGUCUUCUUUGCAACUUGUUUGUCCUUUGCUCUGACACUCCACAGACAUCCCUGUUCCUGCUCUUACAGGCAGCAGUCUUUUUGGGGCUUGAAAUAGGAGUUAAAAGUAUCUCUGUCUCUUUCAUUAACUUUCAGGCCCUUUCCUUUACUAGCAGCACCUGGUCAUUCACAACCCUGCAAGAAACUGCCAUUUCUGUACUUUUUGCUUAGUGCAGGGUGGAGUUUUAGUUCCAGGCUGGUCAAAGUAGGCGGGCAGUGUAGAGCAGUCACUCUUAGAGCUGGGAUGUACACAAAGAAGACAGGAAAGGGCAGGCACAGGUGCAGGUAGGAGCUAAGUACACGUGUGUAUGAGACCCCAGCAUGAAGGCAGAGUGCCUGCACGUGAAUGCGCGGCUGUUCGCGUGACUGCCUGGAGGCACUGAACGUGUCUGAGGGCAAGUCUGCUCGAAGCAGGUCUGGUGGUGCUUCAAGAGGACCUGUUAAGGUCCCUUGCAAUCAUGGUGAAGUCUAGAAGAGUACAGGUGCUCCUGAUUCUGGUAGUUCUGUCCUUCCUUCUGAUCCACUUCCUACCCUGCAGCAACAAAGCCCACAUGGAAGAAAAACCUUCUCCUGUCCACAUCCUCAUUCUCUCCUCCUGGCGGUCAGGAUCCUCCUUCACGGGACAAAUCUUCAGCCAGCACCCCAGCGUUUUCUACCUGAUGGAGCCUGCGUGGCAUGUUUGGGUUACAAUGUACCAGAACAGUGCCAAAGUCUUACACAUGGCAGUGCGGGACUUAGUCAGGUCGGUCUUUCUGUGUGACAUGUCUGUGUUUGAUGCUUACAUGUCUAGCCAGAAGAAAAAGUCUGAUUUAUUUCAGUGGGAGACAAGCCGAGCCCUGUGCUCCCCACCUGCCUGUGACUCAUUCAGUCGCAGUGACAUAAUCACUGCAGGCAACUGCAAAACAAUCUGUGGCAAGUACCCAUUCAGCAAGGUGGAGGAAGCUUGUAAAACCUAUAGUCAUGUUGCCAUCAAGGAAGUUCGGUUCUUUGACCUGAAAGUUCUCUAUCCCCUUCUCACUGAUCCAUCCCUGAACCUCAAAAUAAUUCACUUGGUACGUGAUCCUCGGGCUGUGUUCAGGUCCCGAGAGAAUACAAUGGCAGACCUGAAACGCGACAGUAACAUCGUUGUGGGGUCUCAGAAGACAAAGGGAGAAAUGGGGCCCUACAGCACAAUGCAAGUAAUCUGCAAAAGCCACGUUGAGAUCUACAAGGCAGGAAGUCAGGCCGCUCCAAGCUUCCUGAAAGACCGGUAUCUGCUGGUUCGCUAUGAAGACAUUGUCAGAGAUCCACUAGCACGAGCUGCGCAGAUGUACAGGUUUGCAGAACUCCAUUUCACACCAGAGCUUCAGAAGUGGGUCCACAACAUCACCCAUGGGAAGGGUCAUGGAGCACAGGCCUUUGGUAUUGGGUCGAGAGAUGCACUGAGAGUAUCUCAGGCCUGGAGAAAGACACUUCCCUUCCAGAAAAUAGAGAAAGUGCAAAAUGUGUGCAAAGAUGCAAUGGAUUUGCUGGGCUAUCGGCUUGUUCAGUCUGAAGAAGAGCUGAAAAAUAUGUCUCUGGAUCUUUUGUUUGCCCAGAACUCCUCUAAGCAUCCAAUUUUGAAGGCAGAAAAGCUGGUCUCUACAUUUACACUCUGAAGGCUGAAGAAUGCUGAACUGUUCACUAGAGCAAAAGAGGAGAGAGGUGUAGGCAUAGAAGUGUAGGAGUGUGUGCAUGGAUGCACAUGGAUGCAAGGACAAGUGGCACAAGAACCCUGACUACAUUCAGGAGAGCUCUCAGCAGCACAGGGUCACUCUCCACGACCCCUGGAGAUUCAGCCACAAUGGAGGCUAAAGUAAUGCAAGUUUGUUUUCCAAAUUAAUUGUUUAGGUUGGAGGAUACAGAAUGCCAAAGGAGUAGGACCAAACAGGAGAAAAUCAAACUCCCCACAGACCACAGCUGAAGACCAGGGGAAACCACACGGAACAAUUGCACUUCAAAGAAGAUGAAAUAUAAAAAGAAGCUGAAUGAGGAAAACAUUACUUGACAUGCUGCCAUGCCAGAUAUGUAGUACCAGAAAAGAUGCAAGAAUGACCGGACAUUUGGUUUCCAGAAAGACGUUGGGUUUGGGGUUUGUUUUUUUUAAUGUUUUGCAAGUCCAGUUUUCCUUUUGCUCUACUCGUGUGCCUGAGUAUCCAGCCUUGGUGGCAAAGGUGGGGAAAUGUUUGUGUUCACUUACUGUAUAGUGGGAAAAUGGAAUAAACCAGCUAUUACUGAAAAUAAAAAUUCCUGGGCUUUUAUGUAGGAAACCAUUUCUGGGAUUAUGUGAAUCCAUUUAUUUUUUAGCUGAAAUAAUUCUGUCUUCUAGCUUUCAAACCCAAAAACAGUUGUUUUCCUGGGAAUUCCCACAGUCCACAUGGGUGGCAGAAGAAUUCACAGUAAGGUUGAAAUCCUAAAGACACAGUAAAGGCACAGAUUUUAUUGGCAUAUAUACUGAAACUGAGAAGAUAGGUUAAUGGGAGUGGAUUGGAGAAACCAAGAGAAGAUCAGGAAGUUAUCCUAUUGAAAUAUUUGGUGAGAGUAUUUCUUUUCUUGGUGCACAAAAAAAUGUUUAAUGGACUAUGCCAUUCUCCACUGUCUCCAUUGGAGAUGCCAUUCUCCCACCUCCAAUGGGAAUAUAUACUUCAAACCUGAACAACAGAAUUGUUUUCACCUGGUUUUAAGUGUUCCAGAUGACAAGGAGAAAAACUUGCUACCAGAUUUGGGGAGGAGUGAAAUGCCUACAGAUACCUAUUUCUGAACAUUCUCUUUCACGUGUAAGCUGCAGAGUCCCUUUAACAUGUGUCUACAGAACACUGGCUACAUGGGUAUCUGUAUUCCUAGAGCUAACCCCCUAGGCUCUGAAAAGGGCAGUUUAUUGUAAUAUGGAAAUAAUAGUCUUAUUUCUAGGGAUCUUGUUGAAGAACAAAAUCCAUGCUGAGCAGGCAGCACUGGUAUCAUGGUACUAAGUUCACUGAAAGCAAGGUAUAUUCCUUUAUGCUGUGUUUAUGCAAAUUUAGGGCAGGCAAGCGGGCAUAGAGAAGUGGGAGCUGCACUGCCCCAGUGAACUGUAACCCUUUACUGUUCCUUUAAAAUAGACCUUAACAUAUUGGCAGCUAAAAGCCCAUUCUUACUGAAGCUAUAGUAAAGAGCUUCCUCAUAUAAGUGCCAAGAAGCUGCAUUCUGAGCAAAAAUAGAUUCUUUUCAGUACACUGCUAAUUAUCUCUACAUUAACCAAUGUCAGCUUGAGUGGCUUAAGUUUUAUUAUGAAUCCUUGUUUUCAGUGGACCAAUCAAUUCUGUGUAUCAAAUGUUUACCUGAAAAAAAACUUCACAGUGUUUCCAGUCAAAAAAUGACAUAAAAGUAACAUAUGAUGCAUUUCCCUAAUUACGGUUUUGAAAAUUACUUUCAGUUCUGCAUCCUAAGCUUAAUCAGAGAAAAUGAAGGAUUGUUGAUUUCAGUAUAUCUUUAUUACAGUCCUUUAGGUAUGUUUUAUCAAUACAACAAUUUGUAAGAUUUUCUUUUUUUCUGGAAACAGCUGCCAGUCUGGUCACAUGAAAAUUUAAAGUUGUCUUAAUGUGAGAAAAGAUAACUUAAAAUACUUUUUGGAAGAGAAAAAGAAAACUCAGCAGAAACCCCCCAAAAUGUCAAGAUGUUGAUGAUGACAUGUAAAACUAUGACUAUAUCCUUUGGCAUAUGCAAUAAAGAUCAAAGAAGUCUGUUUAGAAACAAACAUUAAGUUUACAUUGUACAAGUUUAGAAGAGUAAACUGCUUUUGUACAAAUAAAAUGUAAGAUGGAGAAGUCUCCAGUCAAAAGGAAAUUUAAAAGCUGAGUCUGUGGUAUUCCUUUCUGUUGCUCUUCAAACUGGUGCAUACAAUCAGUCUUUCAUUGGUAACUCUAGUCAUGAAAGCACAGAAAUUAAUUGAUUUUGAUAAAUGCUGGCUAACUCUAAAAGGAAGCAAAUAGGAAAUACCCAAAUUCUAGAUGAUAGUUUGCAGACCCAGAAUUUCUGGCUGUAGAAUUGUCUUUAACUCAAAAUUCUUGUAUGUGCAUUGCCACUUUGCUCACUUUUCCAGGUAUACAAAUAUUGCUGCUCUAGGCAAUACUACAAAGAAACUUCUUUGAGCUGCAAAAAGAACUUUCCUGACCUUUUGUGACAGUACAGAAACCUAAUAUGAAUACGGAAAACCAAACUGUCUCCAGAAUGUUGAAAGGAGCAUAACUGUUGUAGGUAAGACAAAGCACAGAAAAUGAGGAUUUUUAUAAUAGGAAAAGACAGAACCAGAAGUAGAACCAUACGAUAUAGUGUCAUCUCUGGAUCCUCCAGGUUUUAAUCUGGUAAAGGAGACCUAGACCUGCAAGGAGACGUGCAAGCACAAGCAACUGAAUCUGUGGAUAAGCAGUGCCUUUCAGGAGUUCAUAACAGAUGAAAGAGGGUAACCUUGAAUAAACUGUGGUCAGUGUGUCUUAGUUCCUACUCCUAGGGAGUGCACCAAGCACACAUGGAAAGAUUCUCAGCGUCCAUAUGGCUCUACAAAGACAAAAACAUGGUAUUUGAACUCAGAAGUUUGCACUGUACCUCAGACUAACUGCCCCAGUAAGACAAACUCACUCUUAAAGUAAGUGUCACUUAAGAGUUAUAGAAAGACAAAGUAAAUCGUACAAUUUCAUAUUGAAGCUAUUUAAUGUGUUCUAUCUCUCACUUUGAAUUCUAGAGCAGUUUUGCUAAACAAGACCAUUGCAACACUAUGGUGCUGCUGAGAUGUGUACACAGCCCAAGCAAGAACAGGAGUUUUCAGCUGGGAGAGGUGACAGGUGUGCUGCUCAUGAACCUGGUCAUCAGCAAUCUUGAAUAUCAAACCAAGCUGGUAGCAUUUCUAAUUUUUUAAAAAAUAAGCUGUUACUUUAUUUGCUAUGUUGUCUUGCACUCUCUUAUUAAGUGCUUGUCUGGCUUCCACACGAAUCUCAAAUAACUGUUCAAAGUCUGAAUAGCAUGACUAUGUCAAAUAAUUCUCACUUUUUCAGUCCAGUGAAACAGUGCUGUUUUAGCAUUUAUUUGGUUACAUUGAUUAACGCUUCAAAUAAUCAGUAGGUGUUGCAGUGACUUCCUGAAACAGCACUCUCAUUAUAUAGUUCUUAUUUUCAGUAUAAUUUUAAUUUGGCUUAACAUUAGCCAUUUCCCAAUUCAUUUUCUGAGUGCCACAGUGCAAUAUGC